AUGCGGCUCCUAUUCUCCGCCGCGCUGCUGAGUCUCACUGUCGCAGCCCAACAACAAGUCCUUAGCUCUGAGUACGCCAAUACCGACUCGACCGACUUCCGCGUUUUUCGGAGUAGUCAUUCACCGGACCACUCGAUUCGCAUUCGCCAGCAAGAUAAUUCAAUUUGUGUCGCCGGUACCGAGCAAUAUACCGGGUGGCUGGACGUCGGCCCUCACCAUCUGUUUUUCUGGUACUUUGAGAGCCAGAAUGACCCCGCAACUGAUCCAUUGACAUUAUGGAUGACGGGGGGACCAGGUGACUCAAGUAUGAUCGGGCUAUUCACGGAGGUCGGUCCUUGCCUCGUCAACAAACAUGGAAACGGCACUGUUCAUAACCCCUGGGGAUGGACGAGGAACUCUUCGAUGCUCUUCGUCGAUCAGCCAGCCUCCGUUGGCUUUUCGUAUCUAGAUGAAGGCUACGACGUCCCCCAUGAUUCGAAGCAAUCCGCUGUGGAUAUGCACCGAUUUCUGCAGAUCUUCGUGUCUGAGGUUUUUCCAGAUAGAUUGAACAAUACCGUCCAUCUCUCGGGAGAAUCCUAUGCAGGGAAAUACAUUCCAUAUCUUGGUGCCGAAAUCGUCCAGCAGAAUAAACUGUACCCCUCCAAGCCCCAGGUCCAGCUCCGGUCCUGCUUGGUGGGAAAUGGCUUUAUGUCGCCCAGAGAUUCAUGGUUCGGGUACUGGGAAACGCUGUGCACGACCAAUCCUGGAGUGCCCGAACCAGUAUUCAACAAGACAAGGUGUGAUAUCAUGGCAGCGAAUAUGCCCCGCUGCCAGGAGCUAUUGGAUGUUUGCGCUCGACACCCCGAUGCUGCUGUGUGUGGUGCAGCCUCAUCCAUUUGCUACGAAGGCGUAGUCAGCUGGUAUGACGAUGAGUCUUACGCAGGCGGGCGGAAUCGAUUCGAUAUCACCGCCCCGUGCUUGAUUGACGAAAUUUGCUACGAGCAAGUUGGACACAUGGAAAAUUAUCUGAAUUCACCAGCCGUAUGGAAAGCCCUCUCACCACCCAAAGCGAUCAAGAAGUAUAGCUUCGAGUCCGACGCGAUCAGCAAGGCCUUUGAUGCCACCUCUGAUACUAUGACGCCCGCCUCAGACAUGGUCGCCUUUUUACUGAAAAACCAGGUGCACUAUCUGGCUUACCAGGGUAACCUGGAUCUUGCCUGCAACACUGCCGGGACUCUGAGGUGGGCCAAUUCGCUAUCAUGGAAAGGACAGUCUGAGUUCUCGUCCAAGGCUUUACAGCCGUGGACUUCUAUUAUUGAUGGGAAGAAUGAAACGGUUGGCAAGACAAAAGAGGUUGAGAUCUUUGUUCACGAUGGGGCAGAAAUUCCAUCCCGGUUUGCUGUUGUGACUGUGGAUGGAUCAGGCCAUCUUGUGAGUUGA